AUGCAUCGAAAGAAGAUCCUUAUCGACACCGGAUCCUCGCAGUCGUUUAUCGAUAAAUACACAUUAUCAACAAUGGACACACCGAAUUCAAAAUCAACGCACCGGCAAGUAUUUCAAGUGGCAAAUAACACGACCAUGGAGAGUUCCGAGUACAUUGAACUACAGCUGGUUAUUGAACAUAUGAUUACGAAUGUGAAAUGUUGGAUCCUUAACGACAUGUGCACGGGUAUUAUUGUUGGAACCGACUGGAUGACAACAUAUGCUGCAUCCCCCAGUUAUGCAACACGAUCUGUUGCCAUUACCCUCAACGGCAAACAAUACAGCACACCAAUGCUGAGAAGAUUACGACAGCAAGAAUAUCAAGCUCGAACAUGUAAUCGCAUCGUACUGAAGCCAAAUGAGGAGCGUGCAGUUCGAAUUUACACUCGUCGCCGAACGUUCUCGACUGACACAGCCAUGUUCAUGCCAUCAAUAAAACUACGAUAUGAAACAUCCCAACUAUUGCCAUAUGCACUUUUGGCUGUGUGCCAUGGGAAAACAGUCAUUACGAUUUACAACACCUCAAACAAGAACUACGUGAUCCAUCGAAACACGACGGUCGGCACGCUCACCGAAGUAUUACCAUCCAAAACAUGUUUCGCUAUGACUUCAUCUGUCCAACCAAAACAGCACCAAAACUUGAACGUAUCCCAGCCAUUGACAAGCGAGGUUCAAGCAAUAAUUGAGACAACCAUUGAACAUUUAAGUGACGAACGAAAACGAACCAGUCGUCCCAUUUUGCAGAAAUAUUGUGGACUAUUUGAUUUAUCCAAAACACGGAUCGCGAAAACACAUAUUCACCAUCCAAUCCAAACUGGUAACCAUCAAGCAGUCAUGUCACGUCCGUAUACGACCUCAUUGACAAAACAACAACUGAUCCACACUCAAAUUCAGACAUUGUACAAAUCCGGUCUUAUUCGUCCGUCUACAUCAGCAUGGGCAUCACCGGUGGUUCUCGUCACCAAAAAGGAUGGUAAACCCCGCUUUUGCGUUGAUUAUCGGAAAAUAAACCAGUUAACCACACGUGACGCAUUUCCACUACCAAACAUGGAAGAAACAAUUAAUCGGUUGGGGGAUGCAGCAUUUUUCACGAAACUCGACUUAAAGUCUGGCUAUUUUCAGAUACCGAUUCGAGAAGAAGAUAAAGCCAAAACCGCUUUCAUUACACAGGAUGGCUUAUGGGAGUGGAACGUGCUCCCACAGGGCCUCAAGAAUGCUCCUCCAUCCUUCCAACGUAUCAUGAAUAAUCUUGUCGCCAAUGGGCGCUGGCAAUACUGCCUCGUGUAUCUAGACGAUAUUAUCGUGUUUUCAAAAACAUUUGACGAACAUAUCGAACAUUUACACAACAUUUUACAAGUCCUUGAUCGCGCUAAUUUUCAAUUAAAUCCGUCUAAAUGUUCAUUCAUCAAGAACGAAAUCGAUUACUUGGGACAUACAAUCAACAGCAAAGGUAUCAAACCGUUGAAAACCAACAUCCAAACCAUCAUAGACAUACCCACUCCGACAACCUCAAAACAUGUGAAAUCAUUUCUACAAACUGUAAAUUUCUAUCGCAAAUUUAUUCCUAAGUACACCGAAUUGACCAAAUUAUUGCGUCCAUUCAUGCAAGACAAGUAUAAAUUUAAACAAAACUGGGGAAACGCCGAACAACAAGCGUGGCAACAUUUAAAAACUGUGCUUACGACCCCGCCGGUCUUUCUCAAUUUUCCUGAUGGUGCCUCACCCUAUAUUUUGUCGACUGACGCAUCGAAAAUCGGCAUUGGCGCAGCACUGAAACAGCGAACAUCCGCUGGUUUAAAACCAAUUGUCUAUAUUUCCAGGACGCUGACGGGCGCUGAAAAGAAUUAUUCAACAUUCGAACGAGAAUGCCUGGCAAUUGUCUGGUCCGUACUAAAGUUGAAACAAUAUCUGGCCGAUCAAGAAUUUGUCAUCGAAACAGAUCAUCGCCCACUGGCCAACAUUCAUCAGAAAACAACAACAAACAAUCGGGUCAAUCGCUGGAACAUCGCAUUGCAAGGAUACAACAUUGUGAAGAUCAUUCACAAACCGGGCACAUGCAAUUGUGAUGCCGACUUAACAUCGAGACACCCACUGUUGGUAUGCGAAUCCGAUGAGGCCAUCAACGAGGAACUGGAUGGUAUUGUUGCACCAAUUACAACUUAUGAGAAACCAUGCAAAACUAUAGCAUCCUCACCAACUGCAACACUGGAUGGAAAAGAAACCAGUCAAGGCAUUCGCCGAAGCCGCCGUCUAGCUGCGAAACAAUCAAAUCCGUCACCGUCACCAAACAUCACAACAACAGACAUCCCCUCGCCCAAACAAUCGCCUCUUGAUCCGGACCGAAUAAAAGCUGAACAAGACAAGGACCAGUCUAUGCAAAGGCUAAUUCACGCUGUACAACUGAACCAACGGAACGAUAUGGUUAUUCAACACGGAAUUUUAAAGAAAAUUAUCGUGCGGAAUGGCCGGCAAGUUGUACUCCCGUUCAUUCCAAAAUCGUUGAUUAAGGAUGUAUUGUUCUCCUUCCACGAUGACAUAACGGCUGCACAUUUUGGCCGAGAUAAAACAUGGGAAAAAAUAAAAACCCGCUGUUAUUGGAAAAAUCAAAAAGAUUCUGUGUCACAUGGAAUUGAUUGA